AUUUUCUUCGUCUAUUUUAAAUUAUAUUUUAAUUCGUGAAUUUUACCAGAGUCGGAUCUUGAUGCGACUGCUCAAACAAUUUCUCCGGCGAGCACGAUGGCCGGUAACAACACGGAAUCGAGUCUCUACCACGUUUUGGUGGAGUGGUGUCAGAGGAUGGAGACGAGCCAAGCGAGACUAAGAGAGGAUGUGGAUGAUUUGAUGCUUCAGGAGGAGAGUCGAAUCGGUAAGGAGCCGGCGGCGGAAUUGGAAGCGGAAGCGGAGGUUGAGGCGGAGGCGGAGGCAGAGGCCGGAGCGGAUUCCUGGGAUAAUCCGACGGCGACUUGGGAGAGAGCAGUUUCCGGAUUCUAUUUCGCUGAUAGUGCGUACCGGACUUUGAUGGAUUCAAUGGGACACGCGAUUCAUGUGACAUCUGCAGCUUCUGGAGAAAUUACAUUCUGGAGUCGUUCUGCUGAGAACCUUUACCACUGGUAUGCUGAGGAAGUUGUUGGCUACAGAACAAUUGAUGUGCUUGUAACCGAAGAAUACCGCAAUUGCCUUACGGGUAUCAGGAAUAGGGUCUGCCGUGGAGAGACUUGGACUGGUCAGUUUCCGUUUCAGAAGAAAACAGGUGAACUCUUCAUGGCGUUGGUGACUAAAAGUCCUGUGUAUGAAAACGGUGAGCUCGUUGGUGUUGUUACUGUCUCAAGUGAUGCAACGCUCUUCAAUAGGAUGCAUCCACUAAGUAGCGAGCAUCAGCAACAAGCACAUAGUAAUAGACAGCAAUCAAAUUCGAGAAAGCACCAAUGGCACCUUCCGAGGGCUCAGAUUGCUGCAGCGCCACAGGUUCCAGUUGUCCCACAGUAUUCAUCAACUGUUUCGAACCUGGCAUCGAAGCUUCGACCACAGAGAAAUGGAGAUGAUUCCUUUAAUGCAAAUCAGAAUUCUAGGAGCCGAGAUGAAAAUGUUCCGGUUGUUGCCUCCACAACUUUCGAGAAGUAUGGCUCAAUGGCGGAUAAGUUUUUGGGGAAGCUGCAAAGGAAGAUUACUGGCAGCCAAGGAAAUGAAGAUAAUGAGCGUAUUUUAGGAAACGGUAUACAUAAGUCAGCCUCUGGCGGUGGAGCUAGUUCCAAGGCUUCUAAUGCAGUUACCUGGAACGCAUUCAGAGACAAUGGCAAUGGAAAACCAAAAAGGGCUGAAAUUAGAUUUUCAGAUGUCUAUGGGAAUGGAGAUGAGGGUUUGAGUGAUGUGAGACAUAAUGGAGACCGCUUUCAGUAUAUUGGGAAUUUGGGACAAAGGAAACCUCCCAGAGGACUAGAGAGUGGUCUGAUGUCUGGCAUGCGGGGAACAAAAAUGUCGGACCUAAAUGGUGAGAUAGAAGAUGCUUGGAAUACUCGUCCUAGUGACGAUCCCUUGCCAAUUCUUGGAGUCAGCAUCGGUAAGCAACAAAGUCCUGCCAACCAAGGGAACAAUAGAUAUGUUACUGAUACGUCAUGUGAGAUACGAUGGGAAGAUCUACAACUUGGGGAGGAGGUCGGGCGAGGUUCAUUUGCUGCGGUACAUCGUGGAGUUUGGAAUGGAUCAGAUGUUGCUAUUAAGGUUUACUUUGAGGGUGAUUACAAUGCGAUGACUUUGACGGAGUGCGAAAAGGAGAUCAACAUUAUGAAGAAACUAAGACAUCCAAAUGUGCUCUUAUUUAUGGGAGCGGUUUGCACAGAAGAAAAAUCUGCCAUAAUCAUGGAGUAUAUGCCAAGAGGGAGUCUCUUCAAAAUACUUCAUAAUACGAAUCAGCCAUUGGACAAGAAACGUCGUCUAAGAAUGGCCCUUGAUGUUGCUAGGGGAAUGAAUUACUUACAUCGCAGAAAUCCACCAAUAGUACAUAGAGACUUGAAAUCUUCAAAUCUACUUGUGGACAGAAACUGGAAUGUCAAGGUUGGAGACUUUGGGUUGUCAAAGUGGAAGAAUGCAACCUUCUUAAGUACUAAAUCCGGGAAAGGAACUCCGCAAUGGAUGGCCCCUGAAGUUCUCAGAAGUGAACCUUCAAAUGAGAAGUGUGAUGUGUUCAGCUUUGGAGUCAUCUUAUGGGAGCUAAUGACUACUUUAAUACCAUGGGACCGUCUAAACUCUAUUCAGGUUGUUGGAGUGGUUGGGUUCAUGGAUCGACGAUUAGACUUACCUGAAGGAUUAAAUCCCCGGAUCGCAUCCAUAAUACAGGAUUGUUGGCAAACAGAUCCAGCAAAACGACCUUCGUUUGAGGAAUUAAUAAGUCAGAUGAUGAGCUUCUUCCGCAAACCUGGGUCUAAUACGCAAGAGGACGACGAUUGAGAGGUAACAUGGUUAAAAGGAUAGUUUACAAAGCAAGGACGUGAAGUCUAAAAAGAAAGCCUCGUCCUGAUCUAUUACUAUACAAAUGUUUCAUUGUAUUAUACCAAAACUACUAUAUAUUUUCUUUAAUGAAAAAGAAAGAAAGGAAGCAAAAAUAGCUGAAUCAAAGUACGGCAGAA